UGCCCGCCCCAGAGCUUGGUGCCGCCGCUGUCGCCGUCGCUGCGCCCUGCCCGCUUGCUCGCUUCCCCUUGUCCAGGGGGAAAGGUCAGCAGCGUCCUGGAGCCUCCGUGUCACUCCCCGACAGCCAUGAACUGCAGCGAGAGCCAACGGCUGCGAACCCUGUUGAGUCGCCUGCUGCUCGAGCUGCACCAUCGGGGCAACGCCAGCGGCCUAGGCGCCGGCCCUGGCCCGAGCAUGGGCAUGGGGGUCGUGCCUGAUCCUUUCGUGGGCCGCGAGGUGACCAGUGCCAAGGGCGACGACGCCUAUCUCUACAUCCUGCUCAUCAUGAUUUUCUAUGCCUGCCUGGCUGGAGGCCUCAUCCUGGCCUACACCCGCUCCCGAAAGCUCGUCGAGGCCAAGGAUGAACCAUCUCAGGCCUGCGCCGAGCACGAAUGGGCUCCGGGAGGCAUCCCGGCCGCGGAUGCUGAGACUGCCACCGGACCCCCGCCCGAAGGCCGCCUCCAGCUCGCUCCAGAGGCAUUGCCUGCCCUCGCCCAGGGCGCUGAGCGGGUCUAGAAUCACAGCCUCAGCUCCCUCGCUCGCUCGCGCCCUCCUCAUCUCUGCUUAUCCCUGGGCGCGGCUCUUGUCCUCUCCUCCCCUUGCAGGGCUCACCUCACCU